UUUAUUAUGCAAAAAGCUCAAGUUAUGUUUUUGUGGCGGUUCCCCUUUAACAAAAGGCAGGCUUGGAAGAGAACUGAUUUCUGCUACUAAGUCAGAACCAGUGGUGCAGCAAGGGAUAGAUAAAUACAUGGUCCAACUGUAGUUACAAAUAACAUUAAAACCAAUACUAGGGGAAAGAUUUGUUUUCUUUCAAUUAUCAUACAAGACACAUUGAACAAGAUCCGAGAUAAAAAAAAUUCUCUCACAGAAUACUAUAAAUGUUAUUUUUAAACAAGUGUUUUAUAAGUAUUUUAUUUAAAAGAGGCCAAUGCUUCACUUCACUUCACAAUGCUCUCCCCUAUGUCGAGGCCGCUGUAAGACCGCCUCCUCCCGGGCAGGGGGCGCUGGAAGUUUCCCGGUGCUUGUCUCGCCUCUCUAUUCUCUCGUCAGUCCGGACAUGGCAGUGACAGUAGUGCGAGGGGAAUACGGAGCCUGGACGCUAAUUAGGCAACAACAGCAGCAGAAGGGCGGGGAAGCGAGCCCGGCUCGUUGGAGUUCAGAAGCUGUGUGAGGUUUGCAGCUCGUAUACAACCACUCGUCUUCAACAGUGAUCUGGCGGAGGGAGGGGGAACCUGCUGCUCCGAUUGGAGCUUGUGCUGCUCGCUCGGCAUGAGGAGCUUGCGGCCCCAGACAAAAGCCUAAAAAGGCUUUUGACCAAUGGAGAACUAUUUUGAGGAAGAAUCCUACAACCUGGAUAAAGUAUUGGAUGAAUUUGAAAAGAAUGAAGAUGAAACUGUCUUUCCAAAGCUGUUAGAUGCUAAGUGGAAUCAAUUCUUAGAACCACAUUCGCAUAAAGUCACUGAUAAACCAGCUCUUGACAAUGUCUGUAAAUCAAUCAUUGCUAUUGAAGCUCAUCUCAAAGUCAGGUCACCCAGCUUGACAGCCCUUGCAAGGUCCACAUAUGUGAAUGGAGAAGUAGGUAUUGUGACUCCUGAAAUGCCUAAAAUGGUGAUAGGAGACACCGAUAUGGCAGAGGAUUCACUUUUUAACACUGGUCCCUCUGAAAUUGUAUGCAACUCUAUUGUGGAGAGUCAAAGUUUAGAAGUUUUAGAUGAUGUACCAGUGAGUAUUAACAAUGAAAAAAGUGUUCUUCUUGAUGAUGGAUUUUCUCCGUACAGUAGCCCCAAAAGUGUUCUAAACUCUGCUUGCUUGACCAUGAAUAACGGAAAGCCCUCACACGGUCAAAAAAUUGUUAAUGACCAAGAUAAAGAAGCUGUAACAAUUUCAGUCCUUCCAAUGAUCAUACAGGAUACUACUAACGUAAGCACAGACCCAGCUUUCAAUAAAUCUGGCACUGAAGAAGCUUAUAGAGCAUUAAAACAAACCACAUCAGUUAUUCUGCCUGAAAUAAAGCCUUAUUCCAUACAGGCUGCCCUUUCAUGUGAAAAUAACAACAAGAUACCCAGAUGUCAAUUAAAUAAUACAGAUCUACUCAGCAUUUCACCAGUGGUUGAAGCAUGUAGUGAGAAGCAGCAAAAUCAUACAACUUCCUUGCAUGAAAAAAAACUUGCAGCUGUGUCUGCAACUGCGUUCUUUCCAGUCACUGCUGCUGAAACUGUACUAGGUAAUGAAGCUCUCCAUAGUGCUGAUUUUUUUGACAUUGUUGUAAAGAACGUUUCUGACUCGUGUGUGUUUAAUGGUGACCUAACUAGAACUAAUGGACUCUCACAAGAAAACAAUGAAAUGUUUUAUGCAAGUAAAGAGUUGGAAGGAGGGGUAGAUGCUAAUAUCUUAUUGGAAGAUGCAUGCAUAGCUUAUAAAGAAAGAAUAGAUUUGUCUGAAGAAAAUGGAACUAAUGCACCAAUGUAUCUGUACAAUGGGUGUGAUUCCUAUGGAAUGAAAAACCCUGCUGUAGCUCAAAACCCAAAGAAUUUACCAUCAAAAGAAGAUUCUGUGACAGAAGAAAAAGAAAUUGAAGAAAGCAAGUCAGAAUACUAUUCUGGUGUUUAUGAACAACAGAAGGAAGAUGACAUAACUGAGAGAGGUGGAGUCUUGUUAAAUGCCAAGGUUGACCAAAUGAAGAACAGUUUGCAUAGUCUUUGUAAUCCGGUUCCAUCCAUGCAUGGGCAAACCUCACCAAAAAAGGGCAAGAUUGUGCAAUCCCUCAGUGUUCCAUAUGGUGGAGCUCGCCCCAAGCAGCCAACUCAUCUCAAACUCAAUAUUCCACAGCCAUUGUCUGAAAUGUUACAGUGUGAUCUCAUUCCGCCAAAUGCUGGAUGCAGCUCUAAAAACAAAAAUGACAUGUUAAACAAAUCAAAUCGGGGGGAUAACCUGAUUUCAGAAUCACUACGUGAGGAAGUGCACAGCCCUGUUACUGAUACAAAUGGUGAAGUCCCUCGAGAAAACAGGGGACCUGGCAGCCUGUGCCUUGCAGUGUCUCCAGACAGCCCUGACAAUGAUCUGCUUGCUGGACAGUUUGGGGUACCCAUCUCUAAGCCAUUUACUACUCUAGGGGAUGUGGCUCCAGUCUGGGUGCCAGAUUCCCAAGCACCAAACUGCAUGAAGUGCGAGGCCAGAUUUACAUUUACCAAAAGGAGGCAUCACUGCCGAGCUUGUGGAAAGGUGUUCUGUGCCACUUGUUGCAGUCUAAAAUGCAAACUUCAGUACAUGGAUAAAAAGGAAGCUCGUGUGUGUAUUAUUUGUCAUUCUGUGCUUAUGAAUGCUCAAGCAUGGGAGAACAUGCUGAGUGCCUCAAUCCAAAGUCCAAAUCCAAAUAAUCCUGCUGAAUACUGCUCAACUAUUCCUCCAAUGCAGCAGGCACAAGCUUCAGGAGCACUGAGUUCCCCACCUCCCACCGUCAUGGUGCCAGUGGGAGUGUUAAAACAUCCAGGAACUGAAGGGUCACAGUCAAAGGAACAGCGCCGUGUUUGGUUUGCUGACGGAAUAUUGCCCAAUGGAGAGACUGCUGACUCUGAAAAAGCAAACGGUACUACAGUGACUGCAACACUUACUGUGUCACAUACCAACAAUUCCACAUCUGCAGAGUCUGAGAACACUUCUGGCUUCUGUGGCAGUAUAACUCAGGUUGGAAGCGCAAUUAAUCUUAUUCCAGAAGAUGGGCUUCCUCCUAUUCUAAUCUCUACUGGAGUAAAAGGAGAUUACGCAGUUGAGGAGCGCCCUUCCCAGAUGUCUGUGAUGCAGCAGCUAGAGGAUGGAGGACCAGAUCCUUUGGUUUUUGUUCUAAAUGCAAAUCUUUUGGCCGUGGUUAAGAUUGUGAACUAUGUUAACCGGAAAUGCUGGUGCUUUACUACAAAGGGAAUGCAUGCAGUGGGGCAAGCUGAAAUUGUAAUCCUAUUGCAGUGCCUGCCUGAUGAGAAGUGCUUGCCUAGGGACCUGUUUAGCCAUUUUAUUGAGCUGUAUCAAGAGGCACUUGCAGGUAAUGUAGCGGGGAACCUGGGGCAUUCCUUCCUGAGCCAGAGUUUCCUUGGUAGUAAGGAACAUGGUGGAUUUCUUUAUGUUGCACCAACCUACCAGUCCCUCCAGGACUUGGUUCUUCCCGCAGAGCCUUACUUGUUUGGAAUCCUUAUUCAAAAGUGGGAGACUCCAUGGGCGAAAGUGUUCCCCAUACGUCUUAUGCUGCGUUUAGGUGCAGAAUACAGAUUGUACCCGUGCCCGCUCUUCAGUGUUCGAUUCAGAAAACCUUUGUUUGGGGAAACUGGACACACCAUCAUUAAUGUUCUAGCUGAUUUUAGAAACUAUCAGUAUACUCUGCCAGUGGUACAGGGCUUGGUGGUGGAUAUGGAGGUCAGAAAAACCAGCAUCAAAAUCCCCAGCAAUAGAUACAAUGAGAUGAUGAAAGCAAUGAACAAAUCCAAUGAUCAUGUUUUGGCCAUAGGCGCAUGCUUCAAUCAGUUGGCUGACUCUCACCUUGUAUGUGUGCAGAAUGAUGAUGGUAAUUACCAGACCCAGGCCAUUAGUAUCCACAAACAACCACGUAAAGUGACUGGAGCCAGCUUCUUUGUCUUCAGUGGUGCACUAAAAUCUUCUUCCGGAUACCUGGCCAAAUCCAGCAUAGUAGAAGACGGUGUAAUGGUUCAGAUCACCGCAGAGAGCAUGGAUGCCCUCAGACAGUCCCUUCGGGAGAUGAAGGAUUUUACCAUCACAUGUGGAAAAGCUGAUGCAGAGGAAACACAGGAACAUGUCUAUGUCCAGUGGGUGGAAGAUGACAAGAAUUGUAACAAGGGAGUUUUUAGUCCGAUCGAUGGCAAAUCAAUGGAGUCUCUGACCAGUGUCAAGGUUUUUCAUGGCUCAGAAUACAAAGCUAAUGGAAAAAUCAUUCGCUGGACAGAGGUUUUCUUUCUGGACAAUGAGGAGCAACAGAGUGGCUUGAGUGACCCUGCUGAUCACAGCCGACUGACUGAAAAUGUGGCCAAAGCCUUCUGCUUAGCACUUUGCCCACACCUCAAGCUACUGAAGGAAGAUGGAAUGACCAGGUUGGGUCUGCGGGUGUCACUUGACUCGGACCAGGUUGGAUACCAAGCCGGAAGCAACGGGCAACCCCUGCCUGACCGAUACACCAGUGAUUUGGACGCUGCGUUGGUACCAGUGAUACAUGGAGGCACGUGCCAGUUAAGCGAAGGACCUGUCAGUAUGGAGCUGAUAUUUUAUAUCCUUGAGAAUAUCUCCUAGGAAAGACAUAUGUCUCUUCACAAACUGCCAUCGCCCAAACCAUUUGCACUUUAACUGCAAAAGAUUAAUUUUUCUUUUCUUUUGCCAACACUAGUAUUAGGUCAGGGUGCGAGAGGCGGACACCUGAACUCUUAAACCUUCUAUGCAUUUUCAGCAGUAAGGAAAAAGCUGCAGCUGGGAAUUUCCUGUUAUUAUCCCCGUGUGAGACCAAGUGUUCAGUGGCACUGACUGUCCAGCUGUACAAAGUUCUCUGUAGUGCCAGGGGGAGAGACAUUCGAGUUUAAAAUGAAAACUCUAAAUACAAUCAGGAAUCUCGCUCUGACCUCAUUUUCAUCAUCACUGCGACUUUUUUUCCUGCUCGCGUUAUUUUCUUCAUCUUACUCAAGUUUACAUUGUCACGACCAGCCUAAGCCUUGAAUCCUUUCUCAAUGAUACGACCCGUGCAUGGCAAGGAGACCUUUGUUACACAGCCUGCAAUCAAUCACUACCCACCCCACAAGCAUGAAUCCAACGUUUUCCUAACUGCUUGGCUCUGCUGUAAAAGGGUCAGCAAUAUUAUUAUUAUUUUUUUUACAGUUCACAAAUCUUUUGUCUGUGUCUCUGAUGGCCAAUUUGCGUUGCCCAAUCUGUAGCCUCCAGAGAGCAGGAUUCCACCCGUCAUGAGAGAAUGUAUGUAAUAUACAAUCUAAUUGUAUGGUGUUUCUAUUGAAAUUUACAAUUUGGAGCUUGAAGCACUAUACAAAUUAUUUGUGUUUCUACUGACCCCUGUUUGGCAGUGCAAUGCAAAUGCACUGACUCUAUGGAAGGCUAUUGAGUCUGCAAGAUCAUAUGAUGUACCAAAUGUUUCUUCUUGGAGCCAUCCUGUUGUCAUGCAGUUAUCUGCUUGUUAAAGGGGAACUAUGGCAAAAAUGAACAUUUUAAAAUAAGCUUCAUCCUACUGAAAUAAGAAACUUUAAAUCAAUUGAAAACUCUGUACUGUUUUUGAAAUAACCAAGUUUAUUGUCA